AAAAAUGGAAAAAAAAAACAGAAGUCAGCUGAGUGAGUCUGGGUCUUCAAAAUCCAAAUCUCUUCCCAAGAGUGAUUCUUCACUGCCCUGCUAGCAGCGGCGUCGUCUCCACAUACAGUCUUUUGCACCCACACGCAAAAAGGAAAAAAAAAAAAAUUUAAAGGAAAAACAAAACACACACAAUAUCAUCUUCCUCAUCAUCGUGAAUUCUCUUAUCGAAACAACAAAAAGGAUGAUGUUUCACUACUGAAACAAAACAAUAUACAAGGAAUUUUGAUGGAUCCAGGAGAGCUUCGAUUAAUUGGAGAGUAUAUAGUGGGACCGAAAAUCGGGUCGGGUUCUUCCGCGGUAGUUUGGAAAGCCAGACAUCGUCAGUCGGGUAUUGAAGUAGCUCUGAAAGGGAUUGAUAAAAAAAAGUUGCUUAGCCCAAAAGUCAGUGAAAAUUUACGCAAAGAAAUUUCUGUUCUCAGCACCAUCAAUCACCCCAACAUUAUUCGUUUCCAUGAAGCUUUUGAGACUGAAGAGAUAAUUUAUUUGGUUUUGGAAUAUUGUGAUGGAGGUGAUCUUGCGGCAUAUAUUGAUAGCCAUGGCAAAGUAUCAGAGACUGUUGCCAGGCAUUUUAUGAGACAAUUGGCUUCAGGAUUGCAAGUGCUUCAUGAAAAGCAUCUCAUUCAUAGGGAUUUGAAGCCGCAGAACUUACUCUUGUCAACUAAUGAAGCUUCUCCAGUAUUGAAGAUUGGGGAUUUUGGUUUUGCAAGGUCAUUGACACCCCAAGAUCUGGCUGACACACUAUGUGGUUCACCAUUGUACAUGGCUCCUGAGAUUAUUCAGAAUCAAAUGUAUGAUGCAAAGGCCGACUUAUGGAGUGUCGGGGCAAUCUUGUUCCAACUGGUGACUGGAAAGCCACCAUUUGGUGGCAGUACUCAGUUUCAGCUUUUUCAGAAUAUUUUGGCAUCCACUGAUCUGCAGUUUCCACCAGAUGCUUUGAGAGAACUACAUCCAGAUUGUGUGGAUCUCUGCAGAUGCCUUUUACGCCGAAACCCCGUUGAGCGAAUAACAUUCGAGGAGUUUUUCAAUCACAAGUUCAUAGGAGAGCUGAGGCAAACAGAGGAUGUUGAAUUGAGCUCUCCAGUUCAACUAACAAAACCAGUGUUUGAGCAGUGUAAUCCUUCUGCUUCCAAAGAGAGGCCUCCAUUACUAUCUGGCUGUUCUGCAGACUCCUCAAGCCGAAAUCCAGAAUCAGCUAUUUCUUCUUUGCAUGAAAAAGUGGUACUGAAAGUUAAAGAUCAUGGAAGCACAUCGGGCACUACAGAUUUAAUAGAGUCCAUUGAGAAAGAUUAUGUUCUUGUCAAUCCUGAUUUUGCUUCAGUUGAUGCAUUUUCUUUCUACCUUACUACAUCUGUGCAAGAUAAUUCCACUACCAGAGUUUCUAUCUGCCCUUCAAAGAAAAAUGACCGUUCAGCAGAUGCUAUGGACACAAAGGAUUUGGCGGCUGGAUGUGCUGGUUCUGCAGGAAAUUCAGAGUUCAAUGUUUCAGUUCCAUUGGAAAAAUCAUGCAGAUCAAGUAUGUUAAAAGAAUUGCAAGGACUGACCAUAUUGCAUCCUUCCAUUAACCUCCAGUUGUUGCAUCAGUAUGUGCAUGCUCUUUCGGAACUGGCACAAGAAAAGUACGCUGCAGGACUCUUUCUAGAAUCAUUUUCCAUUGAGCUGGUUGUUUUGGCUAUAUGGAAAAAGGCUGUUGAAAUCUGUGGCUCCUGGCUGACCUCUACAGAGAGUGAAUUACCGGGCACCAGUCAAGCUAAUGAAUUGAAAGCUGUUCAAGGUGGCAAAAUCUUGGUUCCGAACUCAGAAGACAAAAUAGAUUUUAGCAGCCCUAUUUCUGUUAGCAAGUGGGCAGAGCAAGGGUUUAUUGUUGCAGUUGAUCGUUCAGAGAAGUUAUCAUCUCAUAUUCGAGAUAUGGAUGCUGCUGUUGAGAUGCCUGAUGCUAUGGAAAUCAUAUACCAAAAAGCACUCUCCGUCGGGACCAGUGGAGCUUUUGCGGAGUCUAUGGUGAACAAGGUUCGUGCUGCAGCAUUGUACUCUAAAGCAAUGCUUCUGCUUUCAUUCAUUGUCGGAGAAGCAUCGUCUCUGCAACUAUAUCCUCCAUUUAUUCUUGAUGAUGUUAAUAAGACGCGAAUCCAAAACUACAUUAACAAUUUGCGGUCACGACAAUCUAACUUAAUGAUAUCAAGGCCCACUCUUAAACAAACCGAGUUUGUAGCCAAGUAAACACAUUGGCUGUCCGGCUGUGUUCACAACACUAGCCCCUCUUACAUUCUACUUAACAACAUAUGUCAGGCAAAUCAUGGUCAUCACGAGGAGUGGUGAAUAAAUUAAUAGCUGUUGAUGAAGAAAUGACGAGGAAAUAAUUCUUGGACUUGCUGUAAUGUAUAUAGAGAGAAUGAUGGUCACAGACUGCCGGCGGCUAAUCUUUUUGCGGGUAGAAUGUGAAUAUGUAUUAUAUACAAAUACAUGUAUAGAUAUAUAGAUAUAUAGAAAUGAUCCCUUGUAAAAUCUUUCAUCCCCCCUCUUUUUCAGCAAGUUUAUGAAAGUCUGUGAUUUUUUGUCC